AGCUGGAUUGAGGUCAGUUCUAGUGCACCUGCGCCACACUGGACUGUUGUAUGCCCGGCGGUGUUUCAUCUGAUCCUGGGUCAGCGGGGCGUCGCGUUGUCUAUGACAAGUUCCGCCAUUUCCCCCCCACCUCGGGCCCCGUCUGCGUCCUUCUUCCUCUUCCUCCAUUGCGCUGUUAUCGGCUAGUGGCGGCGGUUCGGGGAGGCGGAGCGGCGGCAGACAGACACAGGCAGGCAGGCUGGCUGGCAGGCGGGGGUCCGGUGUGUUCCACAGUGGAAUGAAAGCGGCCAACACCGCAUCCCUUAUGACAGCAAUUAGGGCCGCGACGACAUAUUGUAACAUUUGUUAUUGUCUCCUUAUUAUAAUAGCCUGACUCCGACUAGCUUAGCUUUGAUUGCAUACUUCCACUACGGUGGGGAAGGGAAGGAGGAGUCCGGCCAGGUUAGGUGGAUUAUUUCUGUCACUUUUUCCCCCCCCCCUCGCCAGGGCUCAUUUACGAAGAUAAACAACAGCGCGGAUCUGCAUUUUUUGAAGGCUUUUUUUUUUUGGGUCGCACGGAGUGAGCGAAGAUGUCGGGACAGAGCAUCACGGACCGGAUAACGGCAGCCCAGCACAGUGUAACGGGAUCCGCCGUGUCCAAAACAGUAUGCAAGGCCACCACUCACGAGAUAAUGGGCCCGAAAAAGAAGCACUUAGACUACUUGAUCCACUGCACCAAUGAGAUGAAUGUCAACAUUCCCCAACUGGCUGACUCGCUGUUUGAGAGGACCACCAACACCAGCUGGGUGGUUGUGUUCAAGUCAUUGAUCACUACACACCACCUCAUGGUGUACGGAAACGAGCGUUUUGUGCAGUACCUGGCGUCAAGGAACACACUAUUCAACCUCAGUAAUUUUUUGGACAAAAGUGGCCUGCAAGGGUAUGACAUGUCCACCUUUAUCCGGCGGUACAGUCGCUACCUAAAUGAGAAAGCCGUCUCAUACAGACAGGUUGCCUUUGAUUUCACCAAAGUUAAGCGAGGAGUGGACGGCGUCAUGAGGACCAUGAAUACAGAGAAGCUUCUCAAGACCAUCCCUAUUAUUCAGAAUCAGAUGGACGCCCUCCUCGAUUUCAAUGUCAAUGCCAACGAGCUGACUAAUGGAGUCAUCAACGCUGCCUUCAUGCUCCUCUUCAAAGACUCCAUCAGGCUCUUUGCCGCGUAUAACGAAGGUAUCAUCAACUUGCUCGAGAAAUAUUUUGACAUGAAGAAGACCCAGUGCAAAGAAGGUCUGGAUAUUUACAAGAAAUUCCUAACCCGAAUGACCCGAAUAUCAGAGUUUCUCAAAGUGGCUGAGCAAGUGGGCAUCGACAGAGGAGACAUUCCAGACCUUUCCCAGGCUCCCAGCAGCCUUCUUGAGGCUCUGGAGCAGCAUUUGGCCUCCUUAGAGGGCAAGAAGGUGAAAGACUCUACUGCAGCCAGCAGGGCCAGCACUCUGUCGAAUGCUGUGUCGUCGCUUGCAAGCACGGGAAUGUCUUUCACUAAAGUGGAUGAACGGGAGAAGCAAGCAGCCCUCGAAGAGGAGCAGGCCCGACUUAAAGCGCUUAAGGAACAGAGGCUCAAGGAACUCUCCAAAAGGCCCUCCUUUGCCACCACGGAUACAUCGCCUAUCUCCACCACCGGGGGCACAAUCAGCACGGCCCCAGCUAUCGAUCUAUUUUCUACACCCAGCUGCUCAAAUGGCGCAGUGAAAAUGGAGAGCGACCUAUUUGACCUCCAGUCAACGUUCCAGCCCUCCAUGCAGUCCGCCUCAUCAGGGCUUCCCGUGGCAACAGCGUGGGCAGAUCCUUUCACCUCCGCUGAAGCUGGAGACGACUCCAUGCCAAACCUUAACCCUUUCCUCUCAAAACUCGUUGUCGAUGCCUCUCACUUACCUGUCGUGUCUUCAGACGGUGUUAGCUUUUCCACUAGGACAUCUGCUCAUGAAAUGUUUGGUGAUCGUUACAAUCCCUUUAUUGACACAAACUCAUCUGUUUCAACCAAUUACAAAUGCACAGUGCGGCUAGAACACUCCAUCUCAGACUCCUUCUGUGGUCCAGUGUCCAUAGCCCAGCACCUCCCACACCAGGCUCCUUUCCCCACAGAGCCCUCUACUGUAGCUGGUCUAUUCAGAGGAUACUCAACGCCUCAGCCCCCUGCCCAGCCACCUGCAGGGAGUCUGCAAGUGGACUUUGAGUCUGUUUUUGGAACAAAAGCUACAGGCAGCAACAGCCACAGUGUCGAUGAUAUUCUGAAACCGACUCUCGCUGGCUCUAACCAGCCGUCCAAUCAGCAACCAGACAAGCUGGUGUCUGAUGACCUUGACUCCUCCCUGGCCAACCUUGUGGGAAACCUCGGCAUCGGAAACGGCACGAUGAAGAAUGACAUCCACUGGAGUCAACCGGGCGAAAAGAGAAUGACUGGUGGCACCAACUGGCAACCCAAAGCGGCACCGACGACAACCUGGAACCCUGUCUCCAUGCCGCCAUCCAUCAUGGCCUUCCCCGCCACCACGCCCACAGGCAUGAUGGGAUAUGGCAUGCAGCCUCCUCCACCAAUGGGGUCCAUGGGAAUGAUGAAUCCGCCUACAAUGAUGUACGGCCAACCUGUAAUGAGGGCGCCCAACCCUUUUGGCUCGGUGUCCAGUACUCAGCCCUCGGCAGCCUCUAGCCCUUCCAGCCAGAGUCCACUCCGAGCCCCUGGACAGGACCCGUUUGCACACCUCUCUCUCAAGGAUUUCUUGUAGAGCGUCUCUUUAGACGCAGUUCAUGUAAUUUUGAGGAGCUCGUCUCUUGGGCAGAUGAAGCACUUAGCAGCAAAAAGCUUUGUCCCCGUCGCACUCCAACAACUCUUCUGAGUGACAUUCACCCCCAUCCACACCAGUCCCCCUAAAACAACUGAUCAUGUCAAGAACCACCACCACCACCACCACCGAAACGGCAAAGCGACUGUCAGAAACCAUGGUAACCAUGUCAAAAGUAAAAUGACGUUUUGCUCACACACCCACACACUCACACACACACACACACACACACACACACACACACACACACACGAGUCUCUUUAUCCUGUCCCCCGAGACGUGGAGUGAUGCUAUUGUCUGACCCCCUAGAAGGAUUCCCUCUCCAUUUUACAGUGUCAUCUCUAAGAUCAAGAUAGUUCUGGCUGCUGAGAACAUUUAAUGUUAUGUAUUUGGUAAAAAAAAAUCCAAAAAAAAAAUCAAAAAACCCAACAAACAUUCUGUAAUUGGAUGUUGAGCUAAAGGGGAGCGGGGGUGAGGGGGGAUAGUUAUAGGGCGACCUUCCCCUAUCUCGACGCCAUCGUCCGUCACCCCUGCAGUUAUUUAACCGUCACGGAGUAGUGAUGCUAAUGACGUUUACACCUGUUUAGCUUUUGUCUUUUUUACCGUGUUUACAGUAGACAUUCCCUGCGUGUUUGUAUUUAUUUAUGAUUAUUGGUUUAAGAUUGAGAGGGCGGGUGAGGGGGUGGAAUCUAAUGUAAAAUCAACAGUACAUAAUAUUGAGCGUUCAACACGCAUGGGAGUGCUUAAGCGUUAAACAUGGACUAUCAUUAAGAGGUAGUGACCAAUAGCUAUUAUAUAAAUGACACCUAUUAAGCUAAGUGAUAGAGCACUAAAUAUUUGUUGAAUUUUCUUUAUUUUUGGGUUUGUUUUUUUACUACCACCGUUAGGAAAAAGAAUCACAGCCGCCACUGUACUAUGAGUGCAGGUUUUUUUUUUUUUGUUCCCCAUUAAGAGUCACUAAAGAGUACAUUCUGUGCCUAUAGGGAUCUCUUUUGCAAGCGAUCUGUUUCCUGUCUAGUUGAGUAACACUUCACGCACCAUCCUGACGGCGGAAGGCUCCAUUUGCUUUAAAGCUUGGCAUGCCAUCGACUCACUAAGCGUACUCAAGGCUGCCUUUACUAUGAAUGUGCAGAGUUGUCUUCAUGUUGCACACAUCUUUCCACGCCGCGCGCCCCCGCCGGAGUCCAAACAAUGUGGGUCUGCCUGCUUGCGUCAAGAGGGGCGUAGAUUUGAUGUAAAUUAAUUGUAUAAAAGAUCCCGACGAUGUUUGAACGGAGGGGCGGCGGCAGUGGAGGAGGGGGUGAGUGAGCACUGUUGAUCGGUGCUCUUGUGUAAAUAUAAUAAUUAAAAAAAAAGUGACUGUUCUUUGAUUGCAAAAGUGAAAGAUGUAUGAAAUAUGAACACAAUUCAAUCAAAUUGGGCUCAACCUAAGUUUGAUUCAGGAUUCUCCUCUGCGUUUUGUCGCUGCAGAUCUAUUCUCUGUCAUUAGAACCUGUAGCAGACAUGACUGAAAUAUUGUUUUUCUUUUACAAAUAAAGAGCAGCUUCCACAAAAUGA